AUUUGCAGAAAUUUCGCAGUGGUUGGUGAUGACGACUCCGACGUGAACUACUUCAAUUUUCUUCCCCUUUCAUUCUUCACGUUCUCUCCGACCUUCGCCGAUCGCCGAUCGCCGCCCGCCGUACCUGCCUUCUAUCUAUUUAUGUGCUCCGGCUUUUCACGUUGAUCGGCCUUCUGUUUUACUUGGUGGUGGUGGCCCACCUUCAAUGUCUAUCGCCGAAUUUCCUGCCACCGUCGAACGGGUCCACAUCAACAGCGGUACUGCCGACGCCGAACACUGCCUGCUUAAUCGCCACAACUCUCAGGGUCACCGUCAUCCUUGCGUCUCGUCCAAGCGCAAGUUAGAUGACUAUGCUGCCAGUCUUGACGACGAGGACGAGGACGCUCCGUUGUUUGACUUAAUUUCUAUCAGAAUGAAGAAAGACGAAACGAGUGCGAUCGACUCCUCUUUUGAUGGACGGUUGGGUGAAGGAACUAGCUCCGACUUUGAGUAUCGGGGUUUUGAUGAUUCCUCGACCUCUAUGGCGGCAGAAACCUCACUAAAGCCCAUUCUCUCUCCGCACGAGUUGCAAUUUUUUGUCAGAACGAUGUCCGUCGGGAAUACUAUGGUAAUGCUCGCCAAUACUAACGAUACAGUGAUGUCGCUUCAUGAGCGGAUACAAUCUAUUACGCGCAUACCAGUUUUUGAGCAGAGGUUGAUAUAUAGGGGAAGGCAACUCCAGCACGAACAGUCACUACGCGAGUGUUCGAUACAGAACAAUGCCGAGCUGCAAUUAGUUGGUCGCAUGAGGAGCACGGAGCAUCCGAAAGCUUGGCAGAUUGUUGACGACAUGGUUUCAUUGGUUCUACGACUUUAUAGGGGGGAGGUUGUGUUUUCUGCUUCGGAAAUUCUCACUACCUUGAUGACCGAUUUCUUAAGUUUGGCUACGCAAACGGACUUAGAUCCGGCAAUGAAGCAACUCCAGGUUUUCUUGUCCCUUUCUGCCCCAGCAGCGCUAGUGAUGCUUUAUUUGUCUCCGAUUAAAGGAAAUACAGAUUGUGCUGAUAAUUUGAUUAAGCAUUUUAUGGAUUUGCUUUGUCAUUCAGUUCCCAAAUCGUUAAAAAAGUGCUGUGCGAUUAUAGUAUUAGAAUUUUGUAAUUUGCUUAGGAGAGAUACUCCGGAGGACAGUUUAUAUGUUUUAUGCCGCAGUACACUGGGCUCAUUGUUGGAAACUGAUGGCAAUAGUCGCGGGAUGAGAUGCUUAGAAAGUGUUUGGGGACCCAUCAAAACGCCCGAGCUUUUUCCGUUUGUUAAUGAACUGGCCAAUAAAUUGUCCAUCGACUUAUCCUCAAGCAUACGGUCUCCCACAAGUGCAGGGCCUUCUGUGACUGAUAUUAGUGAUUUUACAGCAUUUUUACUUCCUUUACGCAAUGCAAUUCCAGAGAAAUUGAGUUUUCAUGGCUCCAAGAAUGUGCCACUGGAUAGGGGAGGCUUUAGGGAUUCUUCUUAUGGAGAAGAGGGUGAAUUUCUUCAUAAUAUAUAUCUUAGUUUGUUGAAACAGAUGGAUAUAUGUCUUCAAGGAAUGGAAGCUUUCUUGACCGACAAAGGAAAGGGGAACUGUGUAAUCCCCUACAUAGGAUGGUCUCAGUAUCUUCCAAUUCUAAAAGAAUUGAAUGACAUCUCCCUUCUUUUCCAGGGUCUUAAAGAAGAAUUUUGGGCAAUCAUGAGGCCAAGGAAAUCUUCUAUUUGUGAGCUCAUUAUUAGAUUUGCAAAGCGAGCUGAUGAUUAUUCGUGGAUUCUUUGCCACAAGGAUGUAAUAAAUUCUGAAUCUAGAAGACAUCUGUCAAUGCUUAUGUUUCCUGAGCCAACAGAGGAUUAUGAGGAACUGCAGGAAAUGCUGAUUGAUAGGUCCCAAUUAUUGGAAGAAUCUUUUGAGUACAUCACAAAUGCGAGUGUUGAGGCUCUACGCCAUGGACUAUUCGUGCUAUUCAAAAAUGAGGAGGCUACGGGCCCUGGUGUCUUGCGAGAGUGGUUUUUGCUGGUCUGCAAGGCUAUUUUUAACCCACAAAAUGCCCUUUUUGUUGCAUGUCCUAAUGAUCGAAGAAGGUUCUUUCCCAACCCUGUUUCAAAGGUGGACCCUAUGCAUCUCAGUUAUUUCAGUUUUUCUGGCCGAGUUAUUGCACUAGCUUUGAUGCAUAAUGUGCAAGUAGGUGUUGUCUUUGAUCGUGUUUUUUUCUUGCAAUUGGCUGGA